AAGAUUGAAACCAAUAAUAAAUACAAAAAUAAAAAUUAAUACUUAUUGUCUAAGCACAAGGACGAGUACCAUCAUAGAAUCUCCAUCAUUCAUGUCUAUAAAUACAUCUAGAUACUCACAGACGAAACUCACAUCUCCCACCAAUCUCACUCAAAAGAAAAUCUAAGAAAAGAUUCUUAAUUUUCUGAAGUGAAUGCAAAGAUGAUGAUGGAAGAGAAACUUGUGAUCAACGAAUUGGAACUAGGGAAAGAGCUUGCUAACCGAUUGAUGAACAAUCUCAAACACACUUCUUCUGUCGAUUCCAACAAAACCUUGAUCUCUGAUAUCCUCCGUAUUUACCAGAAUGCCAUUUUCAUGUUGAGCUUCAACCAAGACAAGAACAUCCUUAAGCGAAGCCUUGAGAUCGAUGGAAAAGAUUCUAAAAACGUCUUCAAAAAGAGGAAAGUAUCGGAGAAGAACACAGAGAAAGUUAAGGUUUUUGUUGCAACAGAACAAGAAAAUGGCUCUAUUGAUGAUGGUCACUGCUGGAGAAAAUAUGGGCAAAAAGAGAUUCAUGGAUCCAAAAAUCCUAGAGCAUAUUACAGAUGCACGCAUCGAUUCACACAAGACUGUUUAGCAGUGAAGCAAGUUCAGAAAUCAGACACAGAUCCUUCCCUUUUCGAAGUGAAGUAUCUCGGAAACCACACUUGUAACAACAUCACAUCCCCGAAGACGACGACGAACUUCUCUGUUUCAUUGACGAACACGAACAUCUUUGAAGGAAACAGAGUACAUGUUACAGAGCAAUCGGAAGACAUGAAACCGACCAAGUCCGAAGAAGUGAUGAUAAGCCUUGAAGAUCUGGAGAACAAGAAGAACAUUUUCAGAACGUUUUCUUUCUCUAACCAUGAGAUUGAGAACGGUGUGUGGAAAAGUAACCUUUUCUUGGGAAAUUUCGUGGAAGAUCUUUCUCCUGCAACAUCAGGGUCUGCAAUUACCAGCGAGGUUUUAUCUGCACCUGCUGCUGUUGAGAAUUCCGAAACUGCAGAUUCGUAUUUCUCGUCUUUGGACAAUAUUAUCGAUUUCGGACAGGAUUGGUUGUGGUCGUAGCUUUGAAUAAUUGAUUUGGUGAAUGUAAUGUCUCUCUCUUAAUGGCAGUAAUUAUAGAUGGUCAGUUUAAUUUAAGGGUUAUUAGUUAUUACUUAUUAGUAUAGUAAAAAUUAUUUUUGCCGAUGGAUAAAAAUUGGCUUAUAGGACUAAAGUUACAUGAUUUUGGCCUUUUUCAUUGUUUUUCAGCAGGGUUUAUGAAUUAUGAUUUCCCUAUGAAGUUGGAUUGUACUUUAUGACAAUUAAUAAAGAAAGGAUUUUAUAUAAG